AUCGACCCAUCUGUACUAUGGCGAUCUUGGUUGAUGUUUAGUUGGCAACUUUUGUUUGAGUGAAAAAAGUGCUUUCUCCGAUAACAGUUGUACGGAAUCCAUUCGCUUGUUAAGUUUGUGAUUAAUUCUAUGCCAAGGGCUUCCGUUGAUUGAAAUUUAAUGCAAUAAUGCUUUCCUCUGGAUCGGCUGCGAUCGGUGUGAGUGCUUUGGCCUCGACUGCGUACGGAAAUGAGCGUACCGAAGUGGCAGAAUACGCGAAUGAGGGUGGCUUCUUUCAUGCCGAUUACAAAAAACAUGAUGACUUGAAGCAAAUGCUAGACAGCAACAAAGACAGCCUAAAGCUGGAGGCAAUGAAACGCAUCAUCGGCAUGAUAGCGAAGGGCCGGGAUGCUUCCGACCUGUUCCCCGCUGUCGUUAAGAACGUGGUAUCGAAGAACAUCGAAGUUAAAAAGCUGGUGUACGUGUAUCUGGUGCGAUACGCCGAAGAACAGCAGGAUCUAGCUCUGCUGUCGAUUUCCACCUUCCAGCGGGCACUGAAAGAUCCAAACCAGCUGAUACGUGCCAGUGCGUUGCGUGUGCUUUCCAGCAUCCGCGUGUCAAUGAUUGUACCGAUCGUGAUGCUAGCGAUACGGGAUUCAGCAUCCGAUAUGAGCCCGUACGUGCGGAAAACCGCUGCCCAUGCCAUCCCAAAGCUGUAUCAUCUCGAUCCGGAGCAAAAGGAUGAGCUGAUGGUGGUGAUCGAGAAGCUGUUGGCCGAUCGUACGACGCUGGUGGUGGGAUCGGCAGUAAUGGCUUUCGAGGAGGUGUGCCCGGAACGGACCGAGUUGAUACACAAAAACUAUCGCAAAUUGUGUAACCUGCUUGCGGAUGUGGACGAGUGGGGCCAGGUGCUGAUCAUAAACAUGCUGACACGGUACGCACGAACUCAAUUUUUGGAUCCAAAUGCAGAUGAUGAUUAUGACUAUCAGGAAGCGGAGAACAAGCCGUUCUAUGAAGAUGAAUCCGAUUCCGAAUCAUCUGACAGGAAAGGAAAAGAGAGCGCGGUUGCUUCGCCUCGUAAAACCUACACCCUGGACAUAGACCAUCGGAUGUUGCUACGCCAAACGAAGCCACUGUUGCAAAGUCGCAACGCAUCUGUUGUUAUGGCCGUCGCCCAGCUGUACCAUCAUGUAGCACCGCGCAACGAGGUCGAAAUUGUGGCAAAAGCUUUAAUACGUUUGUUGCGCAGUUACAAAGAGGUGCAAAGCAUCGUGCUAACCUGCAUUGCUUCGAUGUCUAUCGAACGGAAGUCCAUCUUUGAACCGUUUAUUAAAUCGUUCUUCGUACGUACGAGCGAUCAAACGCAUAUAAAGCUACUCAAGCUUGAAAUUCUGACAAAUUUAGCUACGGGCACUAACAUUUCGGUGAUUUUGCGCGAGUUUCAAACGUACAUCAGCAGCAACGAUAAGGAGUUUGUGGCUUCAACGAUUCAGGCCAUUGGCCGGUGUGCGGUUUCGAUCUCGGAAGUAACGGAAACAUGUCUGUCCGGUUUAGUGCAUCUGCUGUCCAACAAAGAUGAGUACGUUGUGGCGGAAAGUGUGGUCGUGAUCAAAAAGUUGUUACAGACGAAAAAGGAAGAACACUUUGAAAUUAUUUCACAGAUGGCAAAGUUGCUCGAUUUCAUACAGGUACCGGCUGCACGUGCCUCGAUCCUGUGGCUCAUAGGAGAGUACAACGAAAAGGUACCGAAAAUCGCACCCGAUGUGCUGCGCAAAGCAGUGAAAAGCUUCAUCGACGAGCAGGACAUUGUGAAGCUGCAGGUGCUGAACCUUGCCGUGAAGCUACACAUCACCAACCCGAAACAGACGACACUGUUGUGUCAACAUCUGCACAACCUUGCUCGUUACGAUCCAAACUACGAUAUUCGUGAUCGUGCCCGGUUCCUGAAACCAUUCCUUCUAGCCUCGCCCGACGGUGCAGAUGCCAGUGAAUCGAUUUUGGUGGCUAAAGCUAGAAAAAUCUUUCUAUCGGAAAAACCGGCCCCUACGCUAGAGAGUAUGUAUCAUGGCAGAAGGCAGUAUCAGCUUGGCUCACUGUCACAUUACUUGAAUAUGCCCACGAACGGCUAUCAAGAUUUGCCCGCAUGGCCAACGGAAGCGCCGGAUACCUCAGUUAGGAACGUAGAACCACCGGCACAGAUGGGAGAGUAUCUAGGUCGAUCGACAAACGAUCGUGCGGGUAGUGGAAAUUCUGUCACGGACGGCGAUCGUCGCAAGAAAAAAACCAAAUCGUUCUACUCCGGUUCGGAGGAUGGUACUAGAUCGAGCACCACGGAGGGAGCUUCAACACCAUCCGGAUCGUCAUCAUCGUCCGGUUCCGGAUCGGGUUCGGGAUCAUCGUCAUCAUCCGGUUCGUCCGGUUCGGGUAGUGAAUCGAGCGAUAGCGAAAGUGGUAGCAGUAGCAGCGUUAGCGGAAUGAGCAGCAGUGGUAGUGCUGAUAGUGAUUCAGCUGCAUUCAGCAAUAAUGAAGCGCGCAAACCACAGAAGGGUAACGCUAAUGCACGUAAUACGACUGCAAAAACUAACCACCGGAAGGAUGUUCGACCGAUCAAGAAUGCGUACAAUGAGGUGGAUGGUACGAGCCGAUCAAAGAAGGAAAGCUCGGAAGACGAUAGUGGAAGCGAUACCAGUGGAAGCUAUGAGUCGUCUUCAUCCGCUUCGUCCGCUGUUUCCUCAUCGGCUGGGAAGAAAAAACCACCGUCCUCCAAUCGUGCACCAGUGAAAAAGCAGAGCAAACCCCGAGCAGAAGGGAAGGUACCUUCGUCCGAUGGUCCAGGGAAGAGCAAUUUGGAUCUUUUGCUCGAUCUGGACGACAUUCCACCGAUCGGACCGGUGAUGACACCUUCCUUGGGUGGAUUCCUAACACCGAUGACGGCAUCCAUCGUGAAUGCCGGAGAUUUGGGUGCCGGUAUAGAGUUGGUCGGUCCAAGCUUCAUACCGAUGAAAAAACAUGAGCUACUGAACAAGGUGAACGGGUUCGGGCUGGGGAUCGAAUAUCGCUUUGUACGAUCGCCCCAUCUGUACUCUUCUCGCAUGGUUUCGGUGGAGCUGACGUUUACGAACCAUGGUAAUGUAGAGCUGGUCGAUAUUGAGAUGGGCAAGAAAUGCAAUCUGCCUGCGGGCAUGGCUGUAAACGAUUUCGCUCCCAUCGGUCGACUCAAUCCGGGACAAACGGUUUCCGGUAUGCUGGGAGUCGAUUUUAACGAUUCUACCCAACCCGUACGGGUAGACAUUUGCUCGGCAAGUGGAUCAAGCACGGUAACGUUGAAGGCACCGGUCGGGGAGAUGGUACGAUCGGUUGCCAUUGCGGAGGGUACGUUCGAUAGUGAACGUGCGAAGCUGCGUGGCAUGACGGAACAUUCCUGUACGCUACAGUUAAGCGACACGCUUUCGCCCGAUGAUAAAAGUUUGCAUCGUGCUAUUUUUGAGGCGAGCAAUGUGGCGAGUGUGGUGCUGGCCGCAGACCCGAAAGACGAUUGUCAACGAUUUCUGUUUGCGGGGCAAACGAUGAGCUCGAAAAGUUUGGUACUGGUGGUGCUGGAACGGGUCAAUACGUCCGACGAUAAGCGCUCAUUUUCGCUCACUGUAAACUGUGAAAAGCUAGUGGUAGGUUCGAUGCUGUUAAACGAGUUGAAAGCGCUGCUUAAGAAGUAGAACCGAAGAAGCGAAGUGACCUCGUCCAUUCAUAUGAUUAACUAACGAUGGAAUGAAUAUUUACUAAUCGUAUUAUAAUUUGUAUGCAAUCUCCUAUCUUGCACAUGGCGUGCAAAUUUAAGUAUCUAAAUAAAGAAAAAAAAACGUUAAAAUGCGU